GCUUUGAGAUAAGCAACAAGUAAAAUUGAUUGACUUAAGAAUGCAUCACAUUCAAGUUCAUACGAUUAUUAAUCAAAUACUUUCCGUAUUUUAUCGAAUUGGUUUUUGGAAUCGAGAAGAUGAAAAGUCACCCAUAAAGUUGCGUAUCAAGUGGUUUUAUUUGAUUUAUCACUUUAUGGUCGUGGUAUCAGCAGUGACCGGAUCUCUGCACAAUGAAAACAAAGACGAUAGAAUUUUGUUAAUUGAAACUGCUGUCGUAAAUGCAGUUUUAACAGCGAAACUUUGGCUAACGAUGUGGAAGCAAAGACAAAUUUUUGAGUUACUGGAACAGAUCUGUACUUUCACUGUUCGAGAUCGAGAGGCAUUUGUGUUUGUCAAUGAAAAGUUGAAACAAUUUAGCAAUGUAACAAAAUUGUUUAUUUGGAUCGUUGCAGUCCUAGCAACUUUCGAAGUAAUCGCACCAUUUGUGGGCGAGAAAAAUUUAUUUUUUAAAAUUGCGUUGCCUUUCGAUUGGCGGAAAAAUGAUUUGAAUUAUUUGUUAGCGAAUGCAUAUAUUUGCAGUGCAAUCAUUCUCUCAUGUUUUUGUGUUUUAAAUACGAUUCUAUUAUGGUACAUAAUGUUCAAUUGCUCUUUGAGAUAUCAAGUUCUGGGAAUACACAUAACAAAGAUGGGUAGCAGAUUGGGCGAAGAGUCAAAAGGAAUCUUAGACAAGGAAAAUGUUUGUCGUGAUGACUUAUCGACUUUAAUUAAGGAAUGUCUACUCACAAGAAAAUUGGUAAGCGACCUUGAAUCAUUUUGUUCUACUAUAGUUUUCAUCGAAAUUGGUACGAGUGGCUUGUGCAUUUGCGGAUCGAUUUAUUGUUUGGCCUUUGACAUUAGUGAAAGCAACGUAGGACGUAUGAUUCACUUUUCGUCGUUGUUGUACAAUGUUACCGGAAUAUUCAUUACCACAAAUUUUGGAAACGAGAUCAUGCUUCAUAGCAAUCGCCUCUCGUACUGUCUAUUUAAAUCGGACUGGUUCGAUCAGCCACAAUCAACCAAAAUGAUGAUUAUUAUUCUCGGCGAAUGCUUAAAGCAUCCACAGACGAUUGUAAUUGCUAAAUUAUAUCCGCUGACACUGGAAACAUUUGUCAGGAUUUUAAAUUUUUCCUACAGCACGUUCAACCUUUUGAAAACUUUUAGAAUGUAA